GUGUAAACAUCGUAACUAAAGAGACAAAGGCGGCUGGGCGUGGUGCUGGCCACCCACCCCCUCGUGUGCCGUGCUAGCGGCUUUCAUACGUGUGCUCAUUAUCAGCACUUGCCCCAUUGGUGCGUUAGCGCUAUACGGGGGUCUUUGUGUGCGCGUGCGUCGCUGGCUCAGGUGAGAGUCGCGUGCGGGAGUCGAGAAGCCGCUGCCGCUGUUGCUGCGCUCACGCGGCUGCUACGGGGCUCGCGUGGCCGCUUUGGCUCUGCUCCACCAACCCCUGGGGGCCCCGGGACUCGGACGUCUCCUCGACGGGGACCCCGGCUCCUCGUGGUGCAGGAGCCACCACCACCACCACCACCCCCAUGCCGGUCUCCACGGACGCAGGACCCGCGUCUUCUUGUCGCAACAGCAGCAGCAGUGACUGCUGCUGCUGAGCUCUGCUGCUGCUGCUCUUCCUCCUCGGCGCGCUGCAUGCGGCUAGCCACGCGGCUGAGGCGGUGGCGGCGCGGGGAGGGUUCCUCGGGGCGAGCCUUCGUGGGGCUCGGCCAGCCCGGCGCCGGGGGCCAUGGGCCUGGAUCCGGCCCCAGGGCACGGGGCAGCGCACGGCGCUAAGGUUCAGACUGAAAUGCUCGGACACAGAAGAAGGGUGCUUCACAAGCCCCUGGGCUGUUCUCAGGCACUCUUGGCGGUCGUCGUCAUCAUCCUGCCUUCCCUGGAGAGCCACGCCAUGGGCUGCCCAGCGCGCUGCGAGUGCACUGCGCUUCAGAAGUCCGUGGUGUGCCAUCGGCGGAGAAUGGUGGCCAUCCCCGAAGGCAUACCCACAGAAACCAAAUCGCUGGACCUCAGCAAAAACCGGCUACGUUCCCUGGACCCUGACGACUUCUCGAACUUUCUGCUGCUGGAGGAGCUGGAGGUGAAUGAAAAUGUGAUCGCAAAUAUCGAGCCAGGAGCCUUCAACAACCUGCCCUUCCUCCGCUCUUUAAGCCUGAGGAAUAACCGCCUGAAGCUCAUCCCUCGCGGCGUGUUCUCCAGGCUCACCAACCUGACGCACUUAGACAUCAGUGAAAACAAGAUCGUCAUCCUGCUGGAUUACAUGUUCCAGGAUCUGCGCAAUCUCAAGCGGCUGGAGGUAGGAGACAACGAACUGGUUUAUGUCUCUCACCACGCCUUCAAGGGGCUACAGAGCCUGGAGCAGCUCACUUUGGAAAAGUGCAACCUAACGAGUCUCCCCACGGAGGCGCUGUCUCACCUGGGCAGCCUGUCCACGCUCAGGCUACGCCACCUCAACAUCGCGAGCAUCUUGCCCUUCUCAUUCAGGCGGCUCCUCCGACUGAAGGUGCUUGAACUAAGCCACUGGCCAAUGCUCGAGGAGCUUCCUAUGAACAGUCUAUAUGCAUUGAACUUGACGGCGCUAUCAAUUACCUUCACAAAUAUCACCACCAUCCCACAAUCAGCAUUGCAGCCUCUGGUUAAUCUCAGGCUAUUAAACCUAUCGUACAAUCAAAUCAGAGUAGUAGAAGCUGGUGCCUUUCAGAAUUUAAUUCGACUUCAGGAAUUGCAUGUGGCUGUGUCGAGGCUCACCACAAUCAAGCCCCAGGCCUUUAUAGGCCUCAGCAAAUUAAGAGUUUUAAACGUGUCAAAAAACCUGCUGCAGUCCCUGGAGGAGAGUGCUUUCCAGUCGACGAGUAGUCUGCAGGUCCUCGGUUUGGACUCAAACCCCCUGGCAUGCGAUUGUCGCCUGCUGUGGGUCGUGCGCAGGCGGAGACGCUUGGCCCUGGGCGAGCGGCAGCCGUCGUGCGAAUCUCCCGAGCACGUCAAGGGCAUGGCGUUUGGAGACUUCCCCGAGGAGAUGUCACCGUAUUACUUCUCGUGCAAGAAGCCCUGGAUCACGGUGCAGAAGCCCCAGCAGGUCGCCACGGCCGAGAGCCAGACGGUGCUGCUGCCGUGCCAGGCAGAGGGGGACCCCCAGCCCUCCAUCAUGUGGGUCUCGCCAUGGAAGCAAAAGAUCACGGCUCAGUCUAACGGCCGCAUGGCCGUGCUGCCAGACGGCACGCUGCAAAUUCGCUACGCGCAGAUCCUGGACAGCGGUACUUACGUGUGCGUAGCCAGCAACGCCGCGGGCAACGACACCAACACGGGCAUCCUCGACGUCAAGAGCUUUUCUCCACAGUCUUUGUACAACAACGACACCCUCGCGUACGUCGGCAACGGGAUGAACGGCACCGGCUCUAACGCCACUCGGGCAAGGGACCAGCAGCUCUACGACGUCAAAACCAUCCUAGUGGCCAUAGCCAUCGGCUGCUUCACGUUUCUGGGCGUCGUGGUGCUCUGCUUGUUCAUUCUGUUUCUUUGGAGCAGGGGAAGGGGCAGACACAAACCCAGCGUCCACGUUGAGUACACCUCCCGGCGCACCGAGAGCACCGACUCGGGCGCUCAGGCGCCAAACCCCAGACAGAUCAGCAUGAGGAUGGUAUAGGGAGGCCUCGAAAGUUGCUGUCAUUGAAAAUUACGAAAUGCAAUUGCAGUUUCUGAUUUGAAUGAACUUUAAACAUUACCUACAUUUCUUUCGAGUACAUGUAGACUGUUUUGUUUGGAAUAAGACAUGUCCAUAUAUGUUGUAUUUGAAUAUGCAUUUAAGAGCCAUUUGUUUUUUGCUGUCAGACGUUUUACAAUUUAACCUUAUGGAACUGAAUUGCAAACGUGUUUUGUAGGUGUGUGGGACUUGUGGAUCGCCGGGAGGUCAUCUCCCGUGAAUCUCCACGUGAUCGUAACACUUGGAAGUACUGCACAACACUGUAUAUUUAAUUACAUGUCACAUUGUCACUCUAACAAUGCCUGAGCACUCAUAACCAGGCCUCCCAGAUGUUCAUGUAGAAUAUAUGUUACGGUAAGGAAGCUGUAUUCAUCUCAGAGAUUGCUAGAACUGCCGAGGUGGCUGGGUGGCUCGGGGGGGGGGGGGGGGGGGCGAUUUCCGUGGCAGAGCGAACGCCCCAGAGAUCCUCAGUUCAAUUCCCGACAGCCGCCCACAAUAAAACCAGGUUCUCACACGUGGCAAGAUAAUGGUCUCAGCCCGGUCGUCAGACACCGUACUAAAACCCAUAACAUAAAUUAGAUGUUUCACAGAAUGUAUCCAUUCCCACAUAGGAGGGCCUUGCAGAGAUAAAAGCAGCACAGGCUCAGAGUCCGAUGUCUCCUCUGGAUCGUUCAUCAACGGAGUUUGCCGCUGCUUGGACGCUAACGGCACAAUGCUCGUCUAGGUGAUAGAUACAAUGAGAGAAAGCGAUCACAGUAACACUAAGAAGUCUACAACACGUGCAUGUGGCCUGACUGCAGCAUGGAGAGCGCUUUAACGGUGUUUGCCUUUGGACAGCAAACAUUACCAUGGAAUGGUAGCAGAGGUUUCUACACCUACCCCGUUUGCUGAAAUGGCAAAAUAGUAUUAUUUAAAGGAGGUUGUUCACUGUUUUAACGCGUUCAUUGUGUGUUGGUUUUGAUGCGGUUAAUAAACUAAACUUGCCUAAA